CACAACACAAACAAUAGAAACAAAGCACACUAAACUCUCACUUCUCUUCAUUACACUAUGUAGCCACAUUUGCAUCAAAUUGACCAAAAAAAUCUUAGAUACCAUGUUUAUGUGCUAAAUUACAUUUUAGCAAAAUGAGUAAUCUUUUCUCCAAAAUUUAUCCAACUUCUUUUGGACUAAAUCAUCAAAAACUUUACCCAAAUUCUAGUACAAUCCGAUGUUGUGAUAAUGAAUAUUCUGAAGUGCAACAUAAAUCAGCUGAAGUCAAUGGUUGGGUUAGCAGUUUCCCAGAAAAGAACCUAGUAUUAUCAUAUCCAGGCAUUGUAAAACCACCUAGGCCAAAAAGAAUUAUUCUGGUACGACAUGGACAAAGUGAAGGAAAUGUAGAUGAAAGUGUAUAUACAAGAGUAGCUGAUCCUAAAGUUGGAUUGACAGAAAAAGGAGUAGAAGAAGCAGAGGAAUGUGGAAGAAAAAUGAGGGAAAUAAUUGAGAAAAAUGAUGGAGAUGAUUGGAAGGUUUAUUUUUAUGUGUCACCUUAUAAAAGAGGUAUCGAAACUUUGCGUAAUUUGGCUAAGUCAUUUGAACGUUCAAGAAUUGCUGGUGUUAGAGAAGAGCCUCGACUAAGAGAGCAAGAUUUUGGAAAUUUCCAGGACAAAGAACAAAUGAAGAUAGAGAAAGCUGUGCGAGCUCGUUAUGGUCGUUUCUUUUAUAGAUUUCCUAAUGGAGAAUCAGCAGCAGAUGUGUAUGACAGAAUCACAGGGUUCAGAGAAACUCUUAGAAGUGAUAUUGACAUAGGAAGAUUUCAACCACCUGGUCAGCAGAGUCCAAAUAUGAAUUUGGUUAUAGUUUCUCAUGGACUUACUCUAAGAGUUUUCUUGAUGAGAUGGUAUAAAUGGACAGUUGAGCAAUUUGAAGGACUUCAUAAUAUGAGUAAUGGAGGCAUGAUUGUCAUGGAAAGAGGCUAUGGUGGAAGGUACUGCUUGUCAGUGCACCAUACAAGGGAGGAGUUGCAGAAAUUUGGUAUGACUGAUGAGAUGCUAACUGACCAAGAAUGGCAAAAGAUAGCAAAACCAGGUGAACUGAAUUAUGAUUGCUUGAUUACUGGACCAUCUUACUUUACUCACUUUGAUGAUGACGAAGCCAAGAAUUUUGAGUUGUGAGAUUAUUAAGAAGGUAAGAAAAUAGGAAAAACUCUUGAAAGUAGAUGUUGAAGCUAAGACCUGUUGGAAACCACAACCAUACUUGGUGAAAAUGCAUCAGCGUUAAGAGAAGAGUUUGACUUAUAUACACAGACAGUACAAAAGAAUUUCACACUACCAGUGUAAUUUUACCUUACUGUAAUCUAUCAUUUACCAUGUUUUGAGCAGAAGAGUUUGCCUUAUGUACAUCAGUACAAAAGAAUUUCAUACUAUCAUUGUAGUUUUAACCUGCUGUAAUCUGUCAUUUACCAUAUUUUGCAGGCUAUCAAGUCCAUGUUUCUGUAAAAAGUUACCUGUAAUUGAC